AUGGCGGAAGAGCCUCAGAGAAGAGCAGAACAGGAUGCAGCGUUCAAAAACAUGUUAGCAGAGACAGAGCAGCAAGCAAAGGGACAACCUGCUUGGACACCACCGCCCAAUAUGCCGCGUACUAAGGACGACGAGGAGGAUGCAGCCUUUGUCAAAGAAAUGAGGGAAAAGGGCAUUAAAGUCGAUCGUAUAAACUGGACUGACCCCAAAUGGACUGGCCGAAAGUCAAGCCAGUCUGGGGCUCUCCCAGCUGCUUCCACUCCCACUACCACCACGCUAGCCGUCAGGCCAGCUGCUAAACCUACGCCCAAACCUACCGCCACUCCCAGCUCAACGGGCUCUCGCCCUUCAGCUGCUCCAUCCACCGCGUCUGCGGUUCCACCCCUUCGCAGCCUGCCAGGCCUUCUCCAGCCCCUCCUUCUGGGCCUUCUAAUCCAUCCCGUUCGUCCAAUCUUCCUCCGACUACCCAGCCUCCCAGGCCUUCUCCAGCCCCUCCUUCCAACCCUCCCCAAGCUUCUACUGCCACAAGAGCCCAUAGGCCUGGAAAACCUCAUCCCGGCCUGA